ACUCCACUCCACCAUUCUUCUCUUUUCUUCUCUCUUCUGCACUUUCUCUUUAUCUUUCUCUUCAACCCUUCUCUUUCUCUCUCUCUUUAGCUUCAGCAUUGUCUCGUAACACCAUCACUGAGUGAAAGAGAGGAGUGGGUAGUGGAAUUCUUCAAUGGAGGUUCCUUCUGCAAAAUGGGUUCUCAAUGCUUGCUUGUUGCUGCUCUUUCUGCUCCUCAUUGGAGAAGCCAUGGCCACAUCACAGAUCUCUGACCUCAAGGUGAAAGAGGCGGAGGAAUUAAAUGAACGUGCUGCUGUAACUGACCCGGAAGAGGUGGUUUCCAUGGUUCAGAUGGCAAUGAAGAAUAGCACUGAGAGAAGGAAGCUAGGAUUCUUCUCCUGUGGAACUGGUAAUCCAAUCGAUGAUUGCUGGCGCUGCGACCCGAAUUGGCAGAAAAACAGGAAGAGACUAGCAGAUUGUGGCAUUGGAUUCGGGCGGAAUGCGAUCGGUGGCCGCGACGGAAAGUUCUAUGUUGUAACUGACCCUAGAGAUGAUGACCCUGUUAACCCAAAGCCAGGGACAUUGCGGCACGCGGUGAUCCAGGACAGGCCACUAUGGAUUGUGUUCAAAAGGGAUAUGGUGAUCCAGCUGAAACAGGAGCUGAUUAUGAACAGCUUCAAGACCAUUGAUGGAAGAGGAGCCAAUGUGCACAUUGCCAAUGGAGGUUGCAUAACAAUUCAGUAUGUUACCAAUGUGAUCAUCCAUGGACUCCAUAUCCAUGACUGCAGGCCUACUGGGAAUGCCAUGGUGAGAAGCUCCCCCACCCAUUUCGGGUGGAGGACUAUGGCUGAUGGGGAUGCCAUCUCCAUUUUUGGAUCAAGCCAUAUUUGGGUUGAUCAUAAUUCAUUGUCACAUUGUGCUGAUGGCCUUGUUGAUGCUGUCAUGGGCUCAACUGCUAUAACUAUUUCUAACAACCAUCUCACCCACCACAAUGAGGUGAUUCUGUUAGGGCACAGUGACUCAUACACAAGAGACAAGCAAAUGCAGGUGACCAUUGCCUAUAACCAUUUUGGAGAAGGACUCAUCCAGAGAAUGCCAAGAUGUAGACAUGGGUAUUUCCAUGUGGUGAACAAUGACUAUACUCAUUGGGAGAUGUAUGCAAUUGGUGGAAGUGCUAACCCCACCAUCAACAGCCAGGGCAAUAGAUACAAUGCUCCAGCUAACCCAUUUGCUAAAGAG